AUGUCCUUUCCGCCUCCUCCAGGUCUAAACCAAAACUCGUCGCUCCCUCCGCGACCACCUCCGCCAGCCGGUACCGCGUCGGCUGCGUCGCGCCAACCCGCAUACUCGGCGGCCCCGUCGUAUGCAUCGUCAGGUACUAGCAGUGGCUAUGGCGGAUCCGGGUCCCGGCCGGGCUAUAAUGCGUUCACCGCAUUUCAGCCUCGCACCGUAGCCUCGAGCCAGCCCUACCGUACCAACAGCCCCGUCGUGUCUGCUCCGCCGGCUACCUCGGCCGGUUACUCCACCCCAACCACCACGGCCGGCUACGGCAGCUACUAUUCUCAGCCGCAGCAAUCCUACCAGGGAGGAUCAUCGUACUACGGGUCCGCUCAGUACAACGACAACUCCUACGGCCCGUCCGUGCCGCACAUUCAGAACCCCUUUGGCCCGGGAGGUGACCAGUCCAACAGCUAUGGCUCGCGCGGGAAGAGCUACGGACGCAACGAGUCCGGCUUGGAUCCCGAAACGGAAGCGCAGAUCGCGCAGUGGCAGAGCGCCUACGCGAACAGAGAAGAAGUCCCUACCAUGGGUAAGAUGCCCGGUCGCCCAGAUCGGAAUCCCGCCAUGCCCGGAGCCCCCUCGGGCGCCAAUACCCCGUCUAGCAGCACCCCCACCGCUGCGACCCCGGCGCCCAUGGCUGGUCGCCCCGAACAAAACCCCUCAACCGUCUCCCGUUCCGGCGGCGGUCAAAACUGGACCGACUCGACUCUUUUGGAGUGGGAUCCGGCGCAUUUCCGUCUCUUCGUCGGAAACCUCGCGGGCGAGGUGACGGACGAUUCCCUGCUGAAGGCGUUCGCGAAGUAUACAUCGGUGCAGAAAGCGCGCGUGAUCCGCGACAAACGUACGCAGAAGAGCAAAGGAUACGGCUUCGUCAGUUUCAGCGACGGCGACGACUAUUUCCGCGCCGCCCGAGAGAUGCAGGGUAAAUAUAUCGGAUCGCAUCCGGUCCUGUUGCGUCGCGCCACCACCGAGGUCCGCCCGGUUUCCAACUCGAAGAACGGCAAGAAGAAUGGCGGCUCGGGCGGUGGCCACGCCGGCGGCAAAGUGAAGCACGACGGAAUCAAGAAGCCGGGUAAAACGAAGGGUGGAUUGAGAAUUCUGGGAUGA